AGAUGACGUCAAAUUCCGUGUAAUAACUGCAUAAUAAAGCAGACUAGAAUUCAAAACUCCAUUAAAUCUCUCUUCUUGAGCUCUGGUGCAUGAUGUUUAACGAGGCUACAACCGUAUCCCGUGCGACCUCUCUUUCGCGUGCCAGCAAGCACGGCUCGACAGCCUCGUCGCGCAAUCAAUCUCUCAUCAAGAAAAACGUUGCUCCACAGGAUCUCCGCCCAUCCGAUAUUCUUAUCGAGCGAUUUGUCUCCUGGAAAGCUAUUGUGAAGCAACUCAUCAGUUACUUUGAAGGCGUCGCCGAUAUCGAGAACAACAUCGCCAAGGAAUACACGAAGCUUGGCGCAGUAAUUCAAGUACCUUUCCGCUCAGGAAAUCAAUUUCUAGGCGAAGGAGGCCUACAGGACGUAUAUUAUGGCAUUCGCGACAAAACACGCGCCAUUGCCGACCAACAUGCAAACCUGGGUCGGACCGUCGAUAGCUCCAUCGUGCAACAUCUACAAAAACUGCACGCGGAAAUUAAAGCGCACAUCAAGAAUGUUCAAAACGACACUGGUAAAUUGGCCACCAGUGUUGCCAAAGAACGCGAGCUAUCCGGAAGAAUGAUCGGUGAACUGGCAACGAGUGUCAGCAUUUUCAAGAAUACCCCGAUGGGCGUGACUAAUAAGACUGAUCCUUAUGUUGCCAACAUAGCAGUCAUGAGACAAUUGCAAAAACAAGUUCAUGAAGAAAAUGCUCUUCAGAAAUCCAUUAUAAUAAUGCAACAGAAUUCUGCCCACUUCGAGGAAGGAAUUGUACGCGCCAUUCAGUCGGCUUGGCAAACUUAUGAUGAGUGGCGAUCUCGAAUGACUAAUUCGGUGCAAGAUACGUGGCAUACUAUGGGUCGAAACAUGGUCUCACUUGCGCCCGACCGGGAGUGGAUAUCAUUUUCAGCCAGGUCUGACCAUCUUCUUGAUCCCGAGACCCCUCUGCGUAAUCCAGAAACCAUUCAGUACCCCUCGAAAGAAGACACCUCGGUCAUAGCCGUGCAUAACGGACAUCUUGAACGCAAGAAGAGGUUUACGAGGACCUAUCGCGAGGCCUACUAUGUCCUCACUCCCGCAGGAUUCUUGCACGAGUUUGCGACGUCUGACCCAUCUCAGUCAGGCAGUCAAACUCCAGUAUUUUCAUUAUUCCUUCCGGCGUGCACACUUGGCCCUCCGUCAACGCCGUCUUCAAAGUCUCACAAGUUCCAUAUCGAGGGUCGCAAAGAUGGUACGGGUACCACUAAACAUGGCUCUUUCAAAUUGCCUAUGACGGGUGGCCAACACGCUUGGUCAUUCCGUUCUCGUAGUCAUGAGGAUAUGAUGGAGUGGUGGAAUGAUGUCAGAAUGUUAUGUGCCCGUUAUCUUGUCGCCAGCGAGCAAAUGGACCGCGGGGGUCCAGUCGAGGCGGCAGUCCGUUCCGCUGGAUAUAUCAGCGACGAAGAGGACGAGGAGGAUGGAUCUAGCGUUGAGCAGGACCAGGAAGAUGAGGAUGAGGAUGAUCAGUAUGAAGAUGCUGACGCUGACGCUAUUGUUGAUGAUGACGAGGAGGAUCAUAAGACUCCGCCUUCUUACUCCAACCCCGCCAAAAACUCUUUCAAUGGUACACAUCAAGAUGGCUACGCGCCAGACAAACGAGCGUCGUCGAUAAGCCACGACGACAGCAUGGCUUUGUCACGCCCAAGCAGGCGUCAGCAGGAAAAGGCACCCGAAGGACGACCUCCACAUGACCAUCAAUCAUCUAAUACUGUGGGUCAAGCUCCUAGUGAGCACGACGAACGUGGCUCUAUGCCUAAGAACGGCGAAGCUGGUCCCGCGCCAGUGGAAAGCAAAUUUCAUGAAGACACGGAGUGACCGAGCAGCGGCAUGACGGCUAUCCUCCACAACGUAACUUGAUCAGCAACCAAUCAUGGCUCAUCCCUUUACUUUAUUGUUUUCUGUGUAUUGUCAGUUAAUUCGCACACGAGAUUGUUUGAUCUAUUUAACACACCUGGAACCCCAUUAGAAACCGGUGUACCUAUCGAUGUUAUCAUUAAUACAUCAAUGUCCAUGGAUUGAGAUCAGC